AUGAAAAUUGAAGUUAAUACUAACUUCAUCAAUAUAAUUUUGAUUGUAUGGAGUCUUUCAUAUGUAGCACCCAAAGACUUGAAGUUAAUCAAGGUUAUUUAUCGAACGAAUAUAGACGACACCAGUGUCUUUACAAGUGGUGAUACAAAAUUAUUAGCUGCUUACGUUAAGAAUCAACUAGGUUUGAACGAUGCGAAUAUUUGGACGAAUGAAUUUGCAUCUGUGAAUGGCAAUUUUUAUGGUGAGAGGACACCGAAGGAAAUAGCGGGUGAGCUUUUCAUUAUUGAGCUCUCACUAUCGAAUAACUCCAAUAUUGAGAAUAUUUCAAAAUAUAAACAAAUUCAACUCUCUCUUAUGCUUGAAAAUGGGCAAGCGAUGGAUAUAAAAAUGGAUUUUGUUUCAUUCUACCAAAGUCCUUCUUCGCACGAGACUAGUUCUGGUCCUUGUCAAGGUGGAUUAUAUCCAAAUGAUGAGAAAUGCGUUGCGUAUCAGUAUGGUCCUGAUCCAAUUCAAGUCAUUGAUUGUCAUUUGCCAAAAGGUGCUCAUGUUGAUUUAGUGGUCUUAAUGAUUCAUGGCGGAUUUUGGAGAUCUAAACUCAAUCGUUCGCUGGAAAAUGCUGUGGCCAACGAUCUUCUUGGUUUUAAUAUUGUUGUUUGUAAUUUGGAUUACCGUUCAUUUGGAAAUGACGGUGGUUAUCCAAACACAUUCUAUGAUGUAUCCAAUGGCACAGAUCUUAUUCGACUCAUUGCUCAGGAACAAGGUUUUCGCAGCGAUCGAGUGAUCGUUGUUGGCCAUUCUGCUGGCGGACAGUUGGGUGGUUAUCUGACUGGACGUUUUCGAUUGACGCCGAAUCAACCUGGAUAUAGUAUUAACCCACUUCGUCCCAUUGCUCUUGUUACUCAAGCAGGUGUGAACAACAUGUGGGACGGAUGUGAUCAAGCUAACGUGACCGGAGAAGGAACUGUGAUUUCAUUUCUAGGUGGAAACUAUACAACGUAUCCAGAAAGAUAUGUUUUAUCAUCACUAGCUGCUUCAAGUAAUGUGACUGUGAAAUCUAUGUAUCCAAGUCAAUUUUUACCGUUGAAAGUACCAAUACAGGCAAUAACUGGAUCUGCAGAUAUCACAGUACCUGUUAGUCAAACCAUCACUUUUGCUGAACAAGCAAAAAGUGCAGGGGACAAUUGUACUGAAGUGAUUGUUGAAGGCGAAGAUCAUUUUGUUCAUCUUAAUGUCUCCUCGACAGCUUGGGAAAAGACACGAGCCUUUAUUUUAUCGUUCAUUCCAUAG